UUGAAAGAAGAAGAAUUAGUAAACAAGUUGGAGAUUUGCGCCCAUAGUAAAUAAAAUAGGGAAAAUCAAUUCUUAGGCAACGAAUUCUUACAUCUUUGUUAACUAGGUAAAUCUAAAAAUGUUCCAUUUGGGCAAACAACUGGUGGCCAGGGCGCCGAAGAUCCGUUUGAGCGCUUGCGCUGUGAGUGGAAGUGGUCAAAGUUCAAGUCUCGAUCAAAACAGCAACAAUUACAGCCCAAAACUUGUUGGCCCUAAUCUUAAUCAAUGCCACAAACGCCUGUCUAGCACUAGUCAUAUUUCGAACGUCGUCCCGAUGAAACGUUUAGCAGGAAAAGUUGCAGUGGUUACCGCUUCCACAGAUGGCAUUGGUUUUGCCAUUGCCAAAAGGCUGGCCGAAGAUGGAGCUUCGGUGGUCAUCAGCAGUCGAAAGCAAAAGAAUGUGGACUCUGCUCUGGCGGAGCUCCGAAAAUUGAACCUCAAUGCUCAUGGACUCAAGUGCCAUGUAGGCGAUGCCCAAGACCGAAAGCAGCUCUUCGAGGAGACCAUCAGCAAGUUUGGAAAGCUUAAUAUUCUGGUCAGCAAUGCUGCCACCAACCCUGCAGUAGGUGGAGUCUUGGAGUGCGACGAGAAGGUAUGGGACAAGAUCUUCGAUGUGAAUGUGAAGAGUUCCUACCUUCUGGCCAAAGAAGCACUGCCUCUCCUUCGCCAACAGAAGGAUUCCAGCAUCGUUUUCGUCUCCUCCAUUGCUGGUUAUGAUGCCUUUGAGCUACUUGGCGCAUAUUCCGUCAGCAAAACUGCUCUGAUUGGCUUGACCAAGGCGGCUGCCAAAGACCUCGCACCCGAGGGCAUCCGUGUCAACUGCUUAGCCCCUGGCGUCAUCAAGACAAAAUUCUCCAAAGCUCUGUAUGAGGACGAGGCGGCAAAUGAAGCGGCUUUGAGCAAAAUUCCAAUGGGUCGCCUGGGCACCAGUGAAGAAAUGGCCGGCGUUGUCUCCUUUUUGGUCUCUGAGGAUGCGGGAUACAUUACGGGCGAGUCCAUUGUUGCCGGAGGCGGGAUGUCUGCUCGUUUGUAAGCGGUGUACAUAAAUAUAUUUCCUUACUGGCUAUGGA